CGACGCCGGGACAGCCAGCCAGCCAGCCAGCCGUCGUCCACGAGCCGCGUCGUCGCGUCCCUGUACAUCAUAGUGCGCUCGUAGCAGCUCGCCCAUGUGAGCUCCUCCUCCGUCCCAUGUGACCACUCUCAAUGCCACUGCCCUCACACCUCAUCACCACGCUCCCUCCCCACUUGAUCCCGAGCUCUCCUUCCACCAUUGCUCGCUCGCAUCACAGCUGCAUUCUCCAUUCCUCCUAGAUCACAGCUCAACCCAAGCAUGAUCCCGCGCGGCAUGGCGCCGCUGCUCGCGCUCCUGCUGCUCGGACUGGUAGCGGCAACAACGGCGCAGCAGGAGGGCAACGUGGCUGAGCAGUUCGCCGCCUCACUCGCCACCCGCUUCGACGCGCCGCCGUCCUGGCCGUUCCCGAACCCGCGCCUCCGGGCCGCCUACGCCGCGCUGCAGGCCUGGAAGCAGACGGCCAUCUUCUCCGACCCCGCCAACUUCACCGCCAACUGGCUCGGCCCCAACGUCUGCGCCUACACCGGCGUCUACUGCGCCGCCGACCCCUCCGCCUACGGCCUCCUCACGGUGGCCGGGAUCGACCUCAACCACGCCGACAUCGCCGGCUUCCUGCCCGCCUUCCUCCCGCUCGGCCUCCCGGACCUAGCCCUCCUCCACCUCAACUCCAACCGCUUCUGCGGCAUCAUCCCGGACACCUUCAAGCGCCUGCGCCUCCUCCACGAGCUCGACCUCAGCAACAACCGCUUCGUCGGCGCCUUCCCGGAGGUCGUCCUCACCCUCCCCUCCCUCAAGUACCUCGACCUGCGCUUCAACGACUUCGAGGGCGCCAUCCCGCCGGCCCUCUUCGACCGCCCGCUCGACGCCAUCUUCCUCAACUCCAACCGCCUCCGCAACCCCAUCCCGGCCAACCUCGGCAACUCCCCCGCCUCCGUCGUCGUGCUCGCGCACAACAAGCUCGGCGGAUGCAUCCCGCCAUCCAUCGGCAACAUGGCCGACACGCUCAACGAGAUCGUGCUCAUUGACGACCAGCUCGUCGGCUGCGUCCCGCCGCAGGUCGGCCUGCUCAAGAAGGUCACCGUGUUCGAUGUCAGCGACAACCGGCUCCAGGGCGCCAUCCCGGCGGCCGUUGGCGGGAUGGCGGCGGUCGAGGAGCUCGAUUUCGCGGGGAACAUGUUCGAGGGCGCCGUGCCGGCUGGUGUGUGCGGCCUCGCUGGGCUCAAGAACUUCACCUACACCAACAACUUCAUCGUCUCGCGGCCGGGGUGUGCCCAGGCCACCGCCGACGGCGCGUGGAACUGUAUCCCCGGCGCGCCGGCACAGCGGCCACCGGCGCAGUGCGCCUACGCUGCGGCGCACCCGUUCGACUGCAGCAAGUCGCAAUGCCAGGCCGGGGCGGCGUACACUCCUUCGCCAACUCCCACGCCCACUCCCACGCCAGGUGGUGGUGGACACAGUGGAGGUGGCCAGCCUUCGACGAGCCCGUCGUACCCGUCGCCACCGUCAAGUGGCACCACUCCGUCGUCGCACUCACCGCCCAAGGGCACACCGACCUACCCGUCGCCGCCGUCGAGUGACACCACUCCGUCGUCGCACUCGCCGCCGAAGGGCACACCGUCGUACCCGUCGCCGCCGUCAAGUGGUACCACUCCCUCGUCCCACUCGCCACCUCGGGGACACACCACCCCGUCGUACCCGAUGCCGCCAUCAAGCUCCAGCACCCCGUCGUACCACUCGCCGCCACAGAGCACGCCGACGACUCCAUCACCACCGCAGGGCGGCUCGACCACGCCGUCAUACCCGACGCCGCCAUCAAGCUCCAGCACCCCGUCCUACCACUCGCCGCCGCAGAGCACGCCGACAGCACCGUCUUACCCGUCACCACCGUCUGGCUCGACGACACCAGUAGGAGGCCACGCGCCGCCUCCCCCGACCUCGUACAACAAGCCGGACGGGCGGUACGCGCCGCCGCCGGGCUCAUACGGCCCCAACCCUUCAACGCCCCCGUCGUCCGGCUCGCCGCCACAUUCCUCCGGCAGCCACCCGACGCCUUCGCCGCCCACAAAGUACCCGGGCUACGCGGCGCCGGGGAUCCCAACCACGACGCCUCCAUCAUCCACGCACCCCGGCACCCCGUCGUCGCCAUCAGGAACACCAACAACGCCGUCCUCGCCAGAGCACUGCGCGCCGCCAUCGCACGGCGGCGGUACCGGUGGGCACCCAACGCCCACGCCGUCCAGCGGGCACCCGACGCCCACGCCAUCCGGCGCAAACCUGCCGUUCCCACCGGUCUACGGCGUAUCGUACGGGUCGCCGCCGCCUCCGGUGAAGCCGCACUACUAGUUCUCGAUGGCCGGCCGGAGCAGCCCACCAUCCAUUGUCAGCUUGUCACCACUUACACUCACCAGUAUAAUACCUCAUCUUCCACCUGCCAUUAGUAUUUUUUACAUCUUGGCUUCAUUUCUUCUUCUUGUUUCUUGCGAGUAUUGGAUCGAGAUCGGUCUACAGAGACUGCCCCUCCUAUAUAUGUAUUCUUUCUCACUUGGAUUGGAUGCCCAGAUUUAUUAAAAUUAAUUUGGAUGCA